CGCCGGGCAUGAAGUGGGGGCGCUCAGCUCUCCCAGCCUCACUUAAGCUGCCCGGCGCCUGGGCGAGCGUCUCCCGUCGUCGGACAGGCGUCCGGACCUCUGACCCUGGAGUCGCUCGGUAUCCGGGAACCGUCCCCUUCUUCGGUCGUCGCUCGGGCCGCGCGCCGUUCCCCCGCCCCCAGGGGCUCGGCCGGCCGCGGCGGGGGGAGAGGUCAGCAUGAGCCGGGGGGUCCGCUCGGCCGGAUCAGGGCAGAGGGCGGCGGUGGGCGCCGUGCAGCUGCUGGUCGCCCUGAGCUUCCUCCCCGCCGUCGUCGAGGCUCAGGUAAGCGCAGGUGAUGGCGGGGAGUGGGGAUGGGGAGACCCCGGCCGAACGGCCGCGCAGCUGCCAAGCGGCCAGUGUGGUGGCGCGCCGAGUGCCGGGGCCGGACCUCGAGGUAAUUUCUAGUGAGCGGAAAAGACGAGCGGAAAACGACAAGAGAGCAGAGCCCAGGAAACGUCUGCGAACCGCCUGCGGUGAACAAGGAUGGCAACACUCUGGGGCAGUGGCAAUAAAAAGAGGAAGACGGCGACGGUCCCCUGAGGUGUUUUCAUUGAUAUUUUUCUGAUUUUUUUUAAAAGCGGCUAGGAGUGUGGCGGCAGAUGGGACGGGAGUGAAGACACUGGCUGUCUUUUGCGAAGAGAGCACAGAUAGAAACGGUCACUGGAGUCCUGGAUGAUUGUUUGUGUGAUAUUGACAGCAUUGAUAACUUCAACACCUAUAAAAUCUUCCCCAAAAUGAAAAAAUUGCAAGAGCGAGACUAUUUCCGUUAUUACAAGGUUAAUCUAAAGCGACCAUGCCCUUUCUGGGCUGAAGAUGGCCAUUGUUCAAUAAAAGACUGUCAUGUGGAACCCUGUCCAGAGAGUAAAAUUCCUGUCGGAAUUAAAGCUGGGAGUUCUAAUAAGUACUUGAAAAUGGCAAAUGAUACCAAGGAAUUAGAAGAUUGUGAGCAAGCUAAUAAACUGGGAGCAAUUAACAGCACAUUAAGUAAUCAAAGCAAAGAAGCUUUCAUUGACUGGGCAAGAUACGAUGAUUCACAGGAUCACUUUUGUGAACUUGAUGAUGAGAGGUCUCCAGCUGCUCAAUAUGUAGACCUGUUGCUGAACCCAGAGCGUUACACUGGUUAUAAAGGGUCUUCUGCAUGGAGAGUGUGGAACAGCAUCUAUGAAGAAAACUGUUUCAAGCCCCGAUCUGUUUAUCGUCCUUUAAAUCCCUUGGCACCCAGCCGAGGAGAAGAUGAUGGAGAAUCAUUCUACACAUGGCUAGAAGGUUUGUGUCUGGAGAAGAGAGUCUUCUAUAAGCUUAUAUCAGGACUUCAUGCUAGUAUCAACUUGCAUCUGUGUGCAAAUUAUCUUUUGGAAGAAACCUGGGGUAAACCUAGUUGGGGACCAAAUAUCAAAGAAUUUAAACGCCGUUUUGACCCUGUGGAAACCAAGGGGGAAGGUCCAAGAAGGUUAAAGAAUCUGUACUUCUUAUACUUGAUUGAGCUUCGAGCUUUAUCAAAGGUGGCCCCGUAUUUUGAACGCUCAAUUGUUGAUCUUUACACUGGAAAUGUAGAAGAAGAUGCUGACACAAAAACCCUUCUACUGAAUAUCUUUCAAGAUACAAAGUCCUUUCCCAUGCACUUUGAUGAGAAGUCCAUGUUUGCAGGUGACAAAAAGGGAGCCAAGUCACUAAAGGAGGAAUUCCGGCUGCAUUUCAAGAAUAUCUCACGUAUAAUGGACUGUGUUGGAUGUGACAAAUGCAGAUUAUGGGGGAAAUUACAGACUCAGGGUUUAGGAACGGCUCUGAAAAUAUUAUUCUCUGAAAAAGAAAUCCAAAAGCUUCCAGAGAACAGCCCAUCUAAAGGUUUCCAGCUCACUCGACAGGAAAUAGUUGCUCUUAUGAAUGCCUUUGGAAGGCUUUCCACAAGUAUAAGAGAAUUACAGAAUUUUAAAAUUUUAUUGCAGCACAGUAGCCAGCACUUAAUAACUGACCGAAAUGAUUGUACCAGCUGAUGAAGUACUGAAAAUGAAGAAAAGGAAAAUAUUCUUUCCUUUAACAGCUUGACUUUACUCUUUAAGUGGCAUCUAUGUAAAGUAGAAAAACUAUUAAAAUUGGUAAACUUUCAAUGUUUCUUCUGUUUUGCUUCUUAGAUUAUGAAUAGGAUCAGACAAAUUUUAAGAUUUCAGUUUUGGAAUUUGAUAAGUGAGAACAUUUUAUUUUGACAUUUAAACAUUGUGAAUUACUCAGUGCUUGUAACAUCUUUAUGUAUAUGAAAUGCUGUGCCGUAUUUUCCAACUUUGUCAGGUGCCAUUGUGUAUAAGAAAGGACAGCUGUUUUGAUCUUCAUCAGCAUUGCCUUCAGCUGGAAAUUUGGGAACAGCUCACAGUAAGCCUCUCAGCAGUUUACAAACUGAAGUACCUGCAGAAACCAUAGCUAUUCACCAAAAUACACAGAUUGGGUGCGUGGUAUUAUGGAAAUUAUUUGGUAAAAACAAAACACAAAUUCAAAUUCAUGUGUACUCUAAGUAACAUUUACAGGUGCAGCUUUGAUUUUGAACAAAAUUCCAAAUAAUUUGCUAAUGUACCCAACAGAUUCUAGAAAAUGCGAAUUAAAUGUUUCUGCAAUCUUUUCCUGCUUUUUCUCCUCCUAAGUGUUCCUUUUAUGAGGAUUUGAUUAUAAUUUGUGAGAAGGGAGAAAAUGUAUUUGUAAGGAGUCUGAUAUUGCUUCUUCUUAUAGUCAUAGUAGCAAGCAUUUGCUGAUACUAUAUUAAGGGCUUUACAUACAAAAUCUUAUUUAAUCUUCACAACAGCACUAGUAAGUAGGUAAAAUUACUUCAAUAUAUAAAUAAGAAAAGUGCGAAUAAGAGAAACCUGUAACUUGUCCACGGUCACAAAUACUAAGUUGUAGAGCUAGAAUUUGACUCGAGCCUCUAUUCAGAAUGUGGUGUAUUUGUGUAAUUUCAUAGUUGGCCUAUUACCAUUCAACUUUUAAUAUCUUUUCAUUCGAACUGAGUCAUGUGGCUUUUUUAAAUAUACUUAUUUUUAUUUAAUGUUUUGAAUACGUAAUAUAUUCACAUGGUUCAAAAACCAAAAAAUAUAGAAAGUUAUAUAAUGUCUUCCUUCCAUCUUUGUCCCAUCUUCUCAGUACCGUCCCCACCCCAUCUACUACCAUCACAAAUAACCUCUGUCUUGGUUUCUUAUGUUUCCACUAUUCAGAGUUUUCAGGCAUAUACAAGCAAAUACAAAUGUAAAGUCUUAUUUUUUCUCUCAUUUUUACCCAGAGAGUGGCAUCAUAAUACAGUCUGUCACUUUGUUUUUCCCUUAAUAUUUCUUGGUAACCUUUCUGUAUUACUAGGUAGUGUUCUCAUGUUUUUAGUGGCUGCUUAGUAUUCCACAGUAUGGAGGUAUCAUCAUUUCAUUAGCCAGUCCCCCUGUACACUUGUCAUUUCACAUGUAUGUAGGUGCCUGUAGGAUAAAUUCCCCAAAAUGGAAUUGCUGCUCAAAUACCAUAUGCAUUUGUCAUUUUGGAAGGUACUGCCAUAUUGCUUUCCAUAGUUACCAGGUCAUAAACCCACCUGCAGUUUAUCUCGGUGUCUGCUUACCCGCAACCUCACCAACACAGGUGUUAUCAGACUCUGAGAUUUUUACCAUUCUGACUUAUGAAAAGUUAUCUCUUGAUAUAUUUUUAGUUUUUAUCUUUCUUAACAUGCAUAAGGUUGAGCACCAUUUAAUAUGUUUAAGAGCUAUUUGUAUUCCUUUUGUGUUCAUAUCUUUUGCCCAUUUCUCCACUGCGUUGUUGAUCUUACCUAGCAGUGCUUUAGGUGUGCGAGUAAGUUAUAGAUCCAACCUAAUUUUUUCCCAGAUGACUACCCAGUUUUUCCAACACCACUUAUGGAACAGCUGAUCUUUUCCCUAGUAGUUUGGGAGGCUGCAUUUAUCAUAUGGAAAUUCCUUUAUGUAUUUGGCUGUCUAUCUGGGUUCUCUGUUUAAUUGAUCUAUUUGUGUACCAGUACCACGCUGCUUUAUGUUUCACAUCUGGUGUGCUGGGACUCUCAUUCCUCCCGUGACUUUUUAUUUUUUACUAUUUUCCUAGCUGUUAUUUUUUUUCUAUAUGAGCUUAAAAAAAUCCUUUAACAUACGGAUUACGCUAAAGCUCUGUCCAACUCAGUGUUCUCGAGUGUUAUACUUUUAACCAUUUGAUCAAGCACUGUUCUUUUAAUUGGAUACUUCACCUGAUAGUGGUCUACUUUUCACUACCUGCUGUGUUUUUCAGUAGUGUUUGUCAGUGCCAAACAGGGAAGGACAAAGAGGCAGGAUGCAGUACUUGUGCAGAAGGAAUUUCAGUGCUUCUAACACUUGGCCCCAGAAGUGAUUUAGGGACUAUUUAUAUAUAAAAUCCUUUUUUUGUUUUUUAGCCCAUUAUGAAUCUUUUCUCCAAAAGUUGGAUAUUUUUCAAAGAUUCAUAAAGCAACAGGGAGGUGCCCUUAAACAAAUGAAUAUUAAACUUGUAAAAUAAAUAUACAGUAACUAAAAGUACAAGUGUAAGAAGUUACCUAAAAAAAGAAAGAAGAAAAAAAUAUAUAUCUACCAGAGGAACAGGAUUUGACUAUUCAUUCAUUGUUCUAGGAGCUGGAAAUACAGCAGUGAACAAAACAGACAGAAAUCCCUACCAUCAUGUAAUUUACUUUCUAGAAUAUAACCUAAUUACAUGAUAUAUAGUUUAUAGUGAAAAAUGUACCCAAAGAAAGAAUAUGGGAACCAAAGAGGAAUAGCUAACAGAAACCUGUCUAGUAGAGAAGAUACCCUCAAUAUAAAUGAAUUCUAGUGUCUUCUUGACAGUGCCAUCAGGCUGCCAUAGAUUGAUGCCAUUAAUCAAGUAAAAUCAUCCACCCAGCACCCCUUGAUCAGAUUAGAGGCAGCAUUCACCAAGCAACAUUCAGAUAUAUUGUAAUUUUCAAUGUGGCUUUCCUUCAUAGAAUAUACUUUCAGAUGGGUUUGAGUGUUCUGGUCUCUUCAACAGUUUGUAUUUCUCAGUAUGCUAUAUAAAUUGGUAUUAUUUUGUAAAUUAGAUUAGCAUAAAUCAAUUCCAGAGAAGUUCAUGGAGAUUUUUAAUAUGCAGACUUGAAGCCAGACUGGGCUAGUGAAUUCACCAAGGCAAUAAAGUAUUAAGAUAUAUAAAUUUAAUGGACCUGGUAAAGCAAUUCUUGUUUAUCCUAAACAACCCUUUUUAUACUUCAGUUAAUGCCUUCAAGGAGCACCAAGACCUGGGACUGCAUAAAGACUGGUGGGACUGUUGUGGGUUAGUAAGAUACAUGCGAAGUUGAGAAUCAAGAAAAGUCAGCAACCAUCAAACCAAAACUUGUUGUUGUACAGUCAAUUCCGACUCAUAGCAGCCCUAUAGGACAGAGGAGAGCUGCCCCAUAGGGUUUCCAUGACUGUGAAUCUUUAUGGAAGCAGACUGCCACAUGUUUAUCUCCCAUGAAGCAGCUCAUGAGUUUGAACCGCCAACUUCUUGGUUAGCAGCUAAGCACUUAACCACUGCACCAUCAGGGAUCCUUUAUCAGAACAACAGGGGUCAGUAUAAAAAGGAAGGGCUUUUGAGGAUCACAUAGGCUAACUGAAGAGAUCUAACUGAAGAGAGCAUGUGUCUGAUCUCUAGUUCGGACCCAAGUUCAGAGGCAGAAACUCCAUUCUGGGUGUAGCAUAAUAGAAUGGUAAGGUUGCCAAGGUCAAAAAGGCAGACCAGCUUUGGAAGGGUAACUAAUUACUGUUUUGCCAAGGUAUUAAUCAGUUUCUGGGAAGACAGGCCAGGACCCAGCCAUACGUCAAGGAAUCCAGAUUUGGAGGAACUAGGUAGAUACUAUUUUUUUUUUUUUUUUUUUAGGUAGAUACUAUUAGGGGUGGCUGGAUCUCUGGACUUGGAUUGAAAACAUCAAGACCAUACUUGAUUAGCUGGCAACCAGUCUUGGAACUCUAGACUUAAUAAUGAGUGCAAUAUCAGUGCUUAGGCCCAGAGGAGCUGGGUAAUAGGUGUAAGAAUCACACACAGAGAUCCUGGUUGGGUGUACAGGGAUGUCAUUGGUACCGUUCGCCCUUCAGGGUAUUUUGACCCCUUGGUGCAAGGGCUCUCCAUAUGUCCCUGCUCAGAGCCAUAGUCAAGUGUAUGUAUGCAUCGCUGAGUUGAUAGGCUGGGACCCACAGGCACGUGACAUCUACCUCGCUGGGUGUCCACCUAGCACAUAAUAGGCACUCAGUAAACAUCGAUGGAAUUCCACUCCGUUACGCUCAUUUUCCCAUUUUUAAUAAAGAAGUGUUUCUGGCUUUAACAGAAUGGUUUAUUAUAUAAUGCUACUAUUUUAGCCUGCUCCUUUUCCAGCAGCUCCUCGCCUGGACCAUGAGAUGUGUUAAGUAGCAUUAUGCCCAGUUAGAAACUUUUUUAACUAAUAAAAUUCUCACUUACAUAGGCUCAAAAAUGGGGACCCAUGUUAGAAGUGUCUGAUCAGACUUACACUAGUCUGUAUUUUAUGUGAAAGCAGGGUAUUUUGUUAAUCACGUAUCUUUAGUUGGAAAUCUUGAUAAAGUUUCAAAUACUUAGAUCCAUUUAGUUUUAAUGUAAGUUUGCCUUUAUUGUUAACAACAAAAAACAAACAAUACUCUAGUAAUAUCCACUGUGUAAUAUAAAUGAGAGCUUUUGUAACAAAACACUUCUUAAGCUCUAGAGUUUAAUAAUGCUUAUUUUUUCCCUUGUUUUAGGGGUUAAGUGUUGAAGUCCAACAAUGAGUAAUUCUCAUGGAUUUUGGUGGAAAAAAAAAAAAGUCUGGGAUGCACUAGUGAGUGUGCCUUAUCUAAGUAGCUAACCCUGACAACCAGCAGGUAUUAAGAAUGUGCCUGAUACAUUCAAGAGAUAAUUGGCAUAAUGUGAUUUAUGUGUAUAAUAGUAAAAACUUCUUACAGUCUACGAUUUGACGUGUAACACACUCCAGAUGUUUUAAUCAUUGGCUCAAUUAAACAGGUUGAUUGUAAAAAGGAAAAAGACCCAGUGAAAGAUAUGUACACAAAUCAGUUGGAAGUCCUAGACACUAACUGCAGAGAUAGAGACCUAGUAUGCAUAUUUCCAUGGGUUAAACAGAAACACACGCAACCUUUUGGCAUGACAUUAGACUUAAAUAAUAGUACCAAACUUUCAGUGAUAUUCCCCAUACAAUUUUCACUUUCAAAUUGUAUGCUUUAAGAACUAGAGGUUACUGAGAUAUUUUAGAACGAGUAAUCACCAUUCUAUUCUCUCUCUCAGCAUUUAAUAGUUUACAUCAGGACUAGCUUCACUAGUGUACUUGGCACAUAUCAAUUAGGAAGCUAGAGGAAAUUUUGAUUUUUCUUCCCGCACAGUUCCUCCAACAUUUCACAGGGUAGAUCAUGUAUUAAGAGAGAAAGUUAAUUUGAUACAUACAUAGUUUUUUUAUAUUCUAGGAUAAGUCUACAACACUUAGUUUUAGCACUUGUUUUAAAGUGGGGCAAAGAGAAAAAUAGGCACUUACAACAUUUUUAAAAUCCUCUCCAACAAAAAAUGUUGUUCAAAUAAAUACUAGCAGCUUUAUCAUAAAAGUGGAUUGUGGCAUUCAUCAGUUAAUGCUGGCUAUUUCAAAUUUUCCUGCCAGUAAUAAUUAUAAACAGUGUUUGUAUAUCAUAGAAUGAAUAUAAUUGCAUGAUUUUAUUGAUAUUUUUUAUCAAAAACCAAACCAAACCAGUCGCUAUCCAAUUGAUUCCGACUCGUAUUGACCUUAUAGGACAGGGUGGAACUGCUCCAUAGGACUUCCAAGACUGUAAUCUUUAUGCAAGCAGACUGCCACGUCUUUCUCCUGUGGAGCCGCUGGUAGGUUUGAACCGCUAACCUUUCAGUUAGCAGCUGAGCACUUAACCAGUAACAAAAAUAUAUAUCUAUCCCUCUGUUGCUGUCGAGUCAA